GCGGGCCCUAAUGAUGUUGUGCGCCUAAGCGGGGGGUGUCAUUCUGGGGGAAGGAAAAUCGAGUCAAAGGAGUUACCUCUAUGCCAAGCUUUUCGAGUUAUGAGAUCGGGCUAUUUUCGUGUCCGUUCUUUUCUACAAUUUAAAAAAGAAAAGUAAAAAACAACAACAUUUGAGAGUAACGACCUUCAUUCGCUCAUCUGCUGGUGGACAAAUUCAACACCGUUGUGCAUGCACUAUUUCUCAGUGUGUUUACAAGUGAUUGAAAGCGUGCCAGCGAAGAGGGAAUAGGAUAAGCAAGGAAGGAGGGAUGGUGGACAAUUCCGGUAGCAGCAAGGCACAAAUGCCCAGCAUGUCUCAGGAGGGAGGUCUGGUAGGGGGCUAUCCUCAGGGGGCCACGGCAGGGGGCAUGAAGCUGGAGGCUGUCAUGGAGCAGCUGCAGCGCCAGCAGCAGGCCCGGCUGGAGAUGGAGCGCAAGGAGCGACGGCUGCGUGAGGCCCACAUCAUGUACGCCCAGCAGGUAGCAGCCCAGCAGGCCAUCCUGGCUGCAGCCCGGGCUGGAGGGGCAGGCUUCAUGGCCAAGGGCCUGGCUGGAGUGGGGCCUGGAACCGGGCUGAUGUCCAGGGUCUCCAACCAGAGCAGCGUGGACUCUGAGAGAGAGGACGAGGAGGACAGGGGUCGAGACUCUGGGGACGACGAGGAAGAGGAAGAGAUGAUGGAGGGAGAUGAAGGGAGCGAGGAGGACGAGGGGAGUGCUGGUGGGCUGGAGUACCUCCGCAAGCAGACCAUGGCUCUGCAGCAAGGUGCCCCCCGCUUGCCGGCGCGGCAGUUUGGCAGUUACACAGCCUCCGCCCCCCUGCAGACAUCCUCGCCCCCUGUCAGAGUGAAGCAGGAGCCCGAUGAAAGUCUCUCUCCAGCUGGCCCUCACUCCGCCACCUCUCCCAACGGACAGGCUGACUGGAGCUUCGACGAUCACUUCAAACAGAAUGGGAACGCAUCCUGGGGGGACGAGGCUGACAGUGGCAGAGGGGGGAGAGGAGAAGCCUCCAGAGACUUUGCCAAGCUGUAUGAGUUGGACAACGACCCCAACAGGAAGGAGUUCUUGGAUGACCUCUUUACCUUCAUGCAGAAACGAGGGACCCCAGUCAACCGUAUCCCCAUCAUGGCCAAGCAGGUGCUGGACCUAUACAUGCUUUACAAGCUGGUGACCGAGAAGGGAGGCCUGGUGGAGGUCAUCAACAAGAAGAUCUGGAGGGAGAUCACCAAGGGCCUCAACCUGCCCACCUCUAUCACCAGCGCUGCCUUCACCCUCCGGACGCAGUAUAUGAAGUACCUUUACCCAUUUGAGUGUGAGAGGAAAGGUUUGAGUUCUCCUGGCGAGCUGCAAGCGGCCAUCGACAGUAAUCGCCGUGAAGGCCGGCGCCCCAGCUACAGCAGCAGCCUCUUCCGUUUCUCGCCCUCCCCCAGCACCGCGCCUCACAUCCUGUCCUCUCCCAAGAUGCACCUGUCCGCUCUGGGGGUCGGCGCCUCGGGGGGUCUCAAUGGAUUCCACGUCUCCCCCGGCCACUCCCUCAAGAAAGAAGACAUCCCCCCCUCCAUGCUGGCGGCCACGCGGCCCUCCAUGGCAGCGCUGGCUCUGGGGCAGCAGCAGCAGGUGGCCGGCCUGGCACGGGCAGCCACCCUGGAGCAGCUGAGGGAGAAGCUGGAGACGGGCGUGGGCGAGGGUCCCGAGAGGAAGAUGGCGAGGCUGGCAGAGGAGCAGCAGAGACUGAUGCAGCAGGCCUUCCAGCACAACCUGCUGGCUAUGGCCUCCCAGAUGCCCAUGAACCUGCGCCUGGGCACCCCCGCCAGAGAUGAAAAACAGGAUAUGUCUCUCAGCAUUUCCACCAAUGGAAACACCAGCAUCAGCGUGUCUGUGGAGGUCAAUGGCACACUCUACUCAGGAACCCUGUUUGCUCAGAAGGCUGGAGGUGGCGGAGGGACGGCCAUGUCAGCUGCUGUCCCUCCUGUAGCUAGCGCUAGCUUCAACUUCGCUGCCCCCUCGGCCCAGAGCCACAGUCCCACCUCCUCCUCAUCCUCCAAGGGGCCCGGCUCGGCCGAGCCAUCCACCAGCGGCUCACCUUAGCUGGGCCAGCUCUUGAACACGAUCCUCAGGCUUCUCCUAAAUGCCCAGGCCCAGCAUGAUUACAGAAAUCAUUAAGACAAAGAAACUGUUGCACAACAAAUACCUCAUCGCUCCUGUCAACCUUGGCUGUCCAUCACAUGAGAUCAUGUGUCCUCUUACACACACACACACACACGUGACAUGCACCUAUGCAUUUUAUUCCACAUACAAAUCACACACUCAUGACACAGACACUCUUAUCCCAAAAAGAUAUGCUAAACACAAUCAAAAAUCCACAGCCAAAACCCAUUGACAGGUGUUCCACAACCGAACUUGAAGAGUUUUAUUAUUUAGGACUUCUGUUUGUUGCCAUGUUGUUGUCCUUUUGAUUUAGUGUUUUAGAUUUUAUUUUUAUUUUUUAUUCUUUAUACAUACCUCUAAUCAAGUACCCUGCAGUGGCAUCUACACCUCAGUUGGACUAUACUUAAAAACAUGAAUUAACGUUUUUUUUUAUUGUUUUUCAUCUUGUCAAAAUCAUGUAUGUCCGCACCCCUACUUUCCAACUAUCAGAAAAGUAGUGUUAGCUCCAAGGUUUUUUAAGUUCCUGCAUUGGAUGGAGGAGUUGUGUGUAUGUUGGUGUGUGUGUCGCCCUCCACAGCGUUUGCAUGUAACCAUACCUUUCCAAACCUCACCUCCGCCUCUCCAUUUGGCGAGAGGCGCCUAUCUCAGGAAGCAUCGUGAUGUCUCAACGGGACGUUCUUUUACGCGGGGGGGCGGGGGGAGCGGGAAGGAUCAUACCGAAAGAAUGCACAAAUCGAAGAGACUGUUCUCAAAGAAUACCUCAGACUCUGGAAUGGAGAACGACACUACAUACCUCAUUGCUGCAGAGCCAACAUGACUUCAGUGGUGGUAAACCUCCACCAAAGUAAACUCCACGGUCCUCAGGAGUGGUCUCCUGAACUCUGGGCAUCUAGCUGUGCCACUGUCUGGCAGAGGUAGUGGGGACACAUACUGUACCAAGCUGAACUGGGAUAGGCUUGCUCUCCUGUACGUCAUCGGUGUUUGUUUAGUUUAGGUUUUAUUUAGGUCUGUAUGAAAUGAAAACAAUCUGUGCUGUGAGGCAAUGCGCCACAGGCAACAAUGUCACUCAGCAUGAGUACAAUCAGUUGACCAGUCAUUUCUCUAACACCCCCAGUAACUGAUCUGUGGUGGCCUUUUGGUUAUUGCACAGCUGAAUACCAAAGACUAGCAGAGUGAGUCCUCUAGCCUGGAACACACACACACAUAGACACACACCCAACCCUGUGCUGUCAUUGGCUAGUGGGGACCAAUAAAAUCAAGGUAAGAGAAUCUACAAAUUAGAAAGACAGCCAGAAUCAACUUUGCAUAGCCUUGACAUCCAUGUAUACGUACGCAGACCCAUGUGAGGAUGGGAGCCAAUGGGAGCCCAUCUCACUGGUUGCAAUCAGGUAUUGGGCUAUUAAGGUUCAGCCCGGAACGGCUCCACUCUGUAAGAACCGCUUCAGGGAAAAAUCUCCACAGUGAGCCAGAGUCUGGCUGACUGGAGAAAGAUCACAUACCAUUUUUCUCCGGUUUUCCACUCAAAGAGGUGAAGAGGCACUCUCAAAAGUAUUUCUUUACUCCCAACUGUCUGCUGCAUUUGAAAAGAAAAAAACAAGAUGUAGAUUUUUUUUUUCAGGGGGGAAAUAGAUUUUCUAGCUUUAACCGUGUUGAAUGUGAGGCAUUUUAACUGUUUUGAAAAACCUUUAUUCAGCCCCCAUGUUAAUCACAGAGCCGAACAAGCCUUGACGCUUUUUAGUGGACAGCGUAAAGCUGUUUGGUGUUGGGUUUUGCAGACCUUAUUGUAGCGCGGCUCACAGUUCCCGCUUUGAGGACCUGAAGCUAGCCCUGCAGUCCCUCAAGACGACAAACAAUAAGUCCACAUUUUGUACAGAUGAAAUACGUAGUUGAUGCCUUAAUAUCAGUUGCUGGUGAGAAAAACCAGAGCACGUUUCAGGAGCUCUCCGCUCAAAAGUACUGUUUGUUUUACUUCAAGCUUAAUCCUUUGAAGAGUUGAACGGUGUUUCCACUGUCUUUUUAAUUCAAUCAUUCAGACAUUAGACACCUACCACCAGGUUUGUUUAUACGUUUCCAAACCAAGGUUUGCUAUUUAUUUGCGUUGAUUUUAUUUUUUCCUUCUGAUGGACAUACAGUAUAUAAUGAUGACUUAGCUCGAUCACCUACUGUAGGAGGUGUUGCUAGAAUACUUCUGGUUUCUCUGUCGUUUUAGAAAAAGAAAACAUUUGUUUAAUCCAAUCAGUCAGUUUGACAGUGUAACCUUACAGCCUUUGCAUGAGUGUCUGAGAGAGAGUGAGUGGAUGUGUGUAUGCAAGUGGGGGGGUUGUUUUUAACUGUAAUGCCAUAUAUAUGAUACUGCAGCAGGGCUGGCAGAACAUAAACAAUAACAUGAACGGGCAGACAAACCCACAUACUCUGUGAAUACAGUUUACAGCUCAGGCUAACAUUGUGAUUGUGUGUGAUUGUGUGUGUGUGUGUGUACAUGUGUUCUUGAAGACCCCCUACCUCUUAUCACCAUGUUACCUCAUUGAGCUGCAGUCAUUGUUGCAUUUGAUGUUGAAGUCAUGACCUAUGGCAUGUCUACUUAUAGUGACACCAACAAAUGCAAAGCUAUUGUGACUCACCUCGUGCUCUUUUAGACUCAUUUGGGUGUUGCUUUUAUCUUUUUUUUCCCUCUUCAGUUACAGACAAGGUCACAUCACUCAGGAAACUGUGAAGUUGGAAGUCUGCAGACCGUUGUCUAAGACUGUUAGGAGUUCAUUAGCUUUGUAGUAGUUUUACAUCUAACGUGAUCUGUGUAAACAGGUUCAUAUGCAAGUGGUUAUUGAAUAUACCUCAUUUAUCAAUUUUAUGUUGUUUUUGGCUUGUACAAUGCUCCUUAUAUAAAUUGAUCUGUGGGGUUUGUGCAUCUUUUUUGUACUGUUGUUAUUAUUAUGGACAUGAUAAUAAUGAUAUUACUGAUAUUAUAGUUUUUCUUUUUGAAUUCAAGCAAAAUUAGGACAGAACAUGUGAAUUCUUGUUAAACUGGUUUGUGCAGAUUGUAUUUAAAAGAGGAGCACUUUUCCAAAGUGAUUUUGACACAUUCAGUUUUGUUCACAUUAGUAAUAUAAACAUGUGGUUCUCAGGGCUUUAAACUUGUAUGUCAUGAUAAAGUUUUACUUUAUAUCUUAAAAGGAGUGUUUUUGUUUUUGAUCUGCAUUG